GCGCCCCGGUGCCAGCUCGGCCGCGGCCAUGCGUCCCGGAGUGAAGCUGUUCGUGGGGAACGUGCCCGAGGAGGCCACAGCCGAGGAGCUGGGCGAACUGUUCACGGGCGCGGUGGGCCCGGUGCUCGGCGUGGCCCUCAUGAAGCAGUUCGCUUUCGUGCACCUGCGGGAUGAGGCGGCCGCUGUUCGCGCCAUCGCCCAGCUCAACGGGCACCAGCUGCACGGCCGCCGCAUCGUGGUGGAGCCGUCCCGCCCGCGGCCCACCAACACCUGCAAGAUCUUCGUGGGUAACGUUUCGGCGGCCUGCACCAGUGGAGAGCUGCGGGCGCUCUUCCAGCAGUACGGGCCCGUAGUGGAGUGCGACGUGGUGAAAGAAUGAUCUGAAUUUAUUAUCUCAAGAAGAACCUGUGCUGCAACCCCAGGAACGAUGUAGACAACUGCUGCACAUUGUGUCUUUGAAAGUCGAAGACUUGAGUUCCUUCGUGCUCUAGUAGGGCUAAGAAUGCCAUAGCAUAUCUGGAAUCGGUUUUUUGUUUGCGACUCCUGAUGCUAAUGUCUCCAUUAAUCAGACAUAAGCUGCUCAUGCAGGAUUCCUAAUAAAUGCAAUUCACAAUGACUGUUGCUCAGUAUUGUUUUUAUAACCCGAGCAAUUGCUUUCUCUGAAUAGAAGAGCAAAUGCUCUUUUAUGUAACAUUAAAAUCCUUUUUCUUUUUACACCGGUGUUAAGUUUGCAGUAGAUGUGAUGUUCGAAUCUAUACAUCUGAAAUGAGUUAGUUUUUGUAUUGACUGUAAAUAAAAUAUGGGCUAUUUACAGUUUAGAAAGUUGUCUGGUGUAUUUUUUCUUCCAGUUUAAUUGGUUUCAGGGGUAAUGUCCCAUGUUCUUUAACUCUCUUCCUUUUGUCCUAAAGGUAAAUCAAAGGACUUUAAUGAGUGCAUACAUACAGCACCACUGCAAGGCAGCCAGCUCUAGGGAAGAAAUGUGGUAGCCAACGGGUGCACAACAGUAAAGAGAGCUGGAAUAUUGUCCAAGAGCAGGCCAGAUCUCUGUUCUUAAGAUGUGCUGUAAGAUUUGUUGUUGGAUCAUAGGUGUGCCCCUUAACAGACAUGUCAGAGGUCCCUGGGAGCUUAAUAGUUUAAACAGAAAAUGUGCUUGGGAGAAGAGCAGUGGAUGACUUCAUUUCCUAAAGUGGGUCAACUAUCUCAUCUUAAUUCCCAUUCCAAAGUACCUCUCCCCAGAGACUGCCUGGUACCAGAUUCAUUUAUCUCUGCAGCGUGGAGCUCUCCAUCAGCUCUUCUGGGCAUUUAAACCUGCAAUUUGAAGGUAUUAGGUGUUUGCCAUCUACAUGAUGCCAGAAUUGAACUUCCAGUCCCUGCCCUGAAUUUGUUACAGCAUAAAUUAGAUCAACAUGGAGCCUGAAACUGAUAAAGGACAGGCAUAGAGAAGGGAAAGACAAGGGCUAAGGAAAUGUCUUGCCUUGAGAGAAUGUUCUGAAUUUUCUAAGUAAGGCAAAGUAGCUAGGAAGAAGCAAGUGGCCUACAUGUUUAAGGGCAGACUAAAGGAAUGAUUUCUGAAGGACUGAAAACGGGGGACAGGAAAAGGAUGUCUCUCUGCAUGAAGACUAGUGUGGAAUCAGAGGUGAGGUUAGCAAGAGAGGGGAGAAGAGGUGAGCUGUGAGGGCAAGGAUCAAGGAGGAGACUCACUUUCAAGUGGAUUGGGGUGGGAGUGGAUUUGAUGAAUGUUAAAAAAAAAAAAAAAAAAAAAAAAAAAAAGAUCCGACAAGAAUGGUUGUGGCUUGCUGGACUUUAGGGGCAUGUUACAUCUGCAAGGAUUAAGGAUAUUCAAAAUCCCAACUUGCUUCCUGGACUCUUCCUGAUGUUCCAUCUGGCUGCACCUACCACAUGACAAUGAUGUUAUCUACUGGGGUUAGAACCUGCUUGCUCCCUCCUGAUGGUGACAACAGUGGGUUUUUUUUUAUUAGUAGCAAUAAUGUUGCUGCUCUUUCUAGAAGCUCUUUGAGGUGGAGUGAUUUUGAUGGACAUCUUCGUCACAGGCCAGCCAAAGUGAUGACUUAUUAAUUUCCUUCUUUAGGAUGCGAGGCAUUUUAAUUCUUACUCUAGAUUGUGUUCUCUAUUGGUGAGGGCUUCUUUCCCGCUAUAGGUGUCUCCUGGGUGGUAGUCAGGGCCGGCUCCAGGUUUUCUGCUGCCCCAAGUGGGGGGAGGGGGAGUCGCGGCAGGGCAAUUGCGCUGCUGCAGAAGACCCGAAUGUGUUGCCCCAAUAGCGGCCAGAGUGCCACCCCUUGGUAUUGGCCACCCCAAGCACCUGCUUCUUUAGCUGGUGCCUGGAGCCAGCCCUGGUGGUAGUGAAUAGUUCACCUUUGUAUUUACUCAGUCCCGUCCUAAACCAAGAGGACUGAUAAUGUGACUUCUCAUCAAGCUUCCUUUGUGUAGUCCAUGAGGUGUAGCCACCUCACCAGACUGAGAUUCUCUCUCCAAAUUGACAAAUGCAGGAGCUACCUCAACUUUUUUCUAGAAGAUGCAUAUUUUUGUAUGUUUCAGUCAUUUAUAUCUGAUUUUGAAAUUGAUGUGGUAUGCAGUUGCCUUGCCCACUGGGUGGUUGUUUAGAUUUUGCUUCACUUACUAUAUCCACAAAUAUUUAGCCUUCCAAUAUGUUGAGUGAACCUGUUUAACUUCUUAAAAUGCACUUAAAAAUAAAUGCAGACAGGUAAAUGAUUAAACUUGAGUAGGAAAACAGUUUCAGUUAGAAAUUUAGAUUAUGGUUCAAUGAUUUUGUACCCAGAAAACUUUGAAAUUCUGUAGUUAUUGGAAUUGGUGAAAAUAUAGCUGUGGGUGUGAACUUCUUGCAUUUUUUUUUAGUUUUUAGGUAACAUUCUCUGCUCCAUCUCAAAUAUCCAGUCCCUAGUACACUUGCUGUUCUGUAGCUGUUGUUGAAAGUCUAGGUUGGACAUGGAAAUUUAAAUUAAACAUGUUCUAGAUUAGAAGAAUUUUUUAAUUCAGCUAGAAGAAAUAGGUAAUUCAGCUUUGUCACUCAUGCAUGUAGAAAAUGGUGUCUGUCCUUUGGGCAGAAUUUACAGUUAGGUUAUGUACAUACCUCUGUUCUGAAUCUUUUUAUCAUCAAGCCAAAAAUCUUUCUCAACAGUUUUAUAAUCACUUACCAUAUGAGUAAGUAGCUUUGUACUGAUUGUAACUGAUUUUUGUGUGUUUUUAUGUAACUAGUAACACAUGGUUGACUUUUGAUCUCAUAUGCCAAAGUUUGAGUUUUUUUCAUUGCUGAUGUGUUUAUUAAAAUGUCUAGAAUGUUCUUUUUGUAUUCUUCUAUCUGUUUGCCUUUGAAUUGUGAAAUUCAGUAGAAGCUCUUUUUGUUUUGUUUUUUUAAAACUAUCUUGCGUUCUAAUCCUAGU